AUGGCUCUUCCCGAAAAGGGGAUCAAAAUCUUGAACUUUUUGUGGCAUCUCCUCCGCAAUCUUGCAUCAUCUCUAUGGCGAUUUGAUCAGGUUUUGACGGGGUUUUUUUGUGCCACGGGAGUUCACCGGAUUAACGGAAUGCGAGUGAAGGAAAUGUAUCCGCUCUGUUGCAUAUCGCUGGAGAGUUCAGCGAUCGGAGACAACUCACCGGAGCCGAUGCCGACGUUGUCGAGGUCUUGUUCUGUUGCCGACAUGAGAUCCGAUCCCAAUGCCAUUGGAUGGCCUUCUUCUGGAUCUGAUUCCGGCUCCGGAAGUAGCAGCUUCGCCGGCGUCCUCUACAAAUGGACUAACUACGGUAAAGGAUGGAGAUCCAGGUGGUUUCUUUUACGGAACGGCGUCCUCUCUUACUCGAAGAUCCUCCGGCCAGAAAGCCUCAUCGCCGCUGAUGACGUUAGAUUCAUCGGCGAUGUAUCUUCCGGAAGACUCAAACGUCUUAAUAGUUCUGGCACCAGACGCAAUAAGCAUCAGAAAACCGUCGGAAUCGUUCAUCUCAAGAUCUCAUCAUUUCGAGAGAGCAGAUCAGAUAGUAGACGCUUUUACAUAUUCACUGCUACAAAAACACUUCAUUUGAGGACUAGUUUGAAGGAAGAAAGAGUUGCUUGGAUUGAAGCUUUAGCAUCUGCUAGAAAUCUGUUUUCUUUAAGAAGAUUAAAUGACAAAUUAUCCAUUGUACAAACUGAUAUAUCAUUAUCAACUGAAAAGUUAAAGCAACGUUUACUUGAAGAAGGUACAAGUGAAGUACUUGUUAAAGACUGUGAGCAGAUUAUGCUCACAGAAUUUUCAGAAAUUCAAGGCCAAGUUAGAGUUCUUUGUGAAGAACGUUCCAGUUUGCUCGACACCUUGAGGCAACUAGAGGCUGCUAAUUUAGAAACCGAACCCUCUGGAGUUCCUGAAGGCGAAUAUCAAUUAACACAACACGAGUUAUCAGAUAUUCAACGUGGAAAAUACAGUGAAUGGAGUACAACUGAAUCAUCGGAUGAUGUUGAAAAACAAGAGCUUGAGGAAGCUUCAGAGGAAGAAGAAAGUUACUUUUUUGACACAAAAGAUCAUUUUUCUGGACAAAUUAUAGAAAACCAAUCUGAAUUCAUGGAUGAAAGAAACACCAAACAAUUGAAAUUUGAAAGAAGAAAGAAGCUUCCAGAUCCAAUUGAGAAAGAAAAAGGUGUAAGUUUAUGGUCAAUGAUUAAAGACAAUGUUGGAAAAGAUCUGACACGUGUAUGUCUACCUGUUUAUUUCAAUGAGCCUAUUUCAUCUCUCCAAAAGUGUUUUGAAGAUCUUGAAUACUCUUACCUUCUCGAUCGUGCAUAUGAGUAUGGAAAAGAGGGCAAUAGUCUUCAAAGACUCUUGAAUGUUGCAGCAUUUGCAGUUUCUGGUUAUGCUUCUUCUGAAGGAAGACAUUGUAAACCUUUUAAUCCUUUAUUAGGGGAAACUUAUGAAGCUGAUUACCCUGAAAAAGGCGUUCGAUUCUUUUCUGAAAAGGUGAGCCAUCAUCCUACCCUGAUAGCCUGUCACUGUGAGGGUAGAGGAUGGAAAUUUUGGGGGGACAGCAACAUAAGAACAAAAUUUUGGGGGAGAUCAAUUCAGCUUGACCCUGUUGGACUUUUGACCCUUGAGUUUGAUGAUGGUGAAGUUUUCCAUUGGAGUAAGGUGACAACAAGUAUUUAUAAUCUUAUUUUGGGAAAAGUAUAUUGUGAUCAUCAUGGACUUAUGCAUAUAGUUGGUAAUAGAGAAUUAUCUUGCAAGCUUAGAUUUAAAGAACAGUCUCUUCUUGAUAGGAAUCCUCACCAGGUUCAUGGGGUUAUUGAAGAUUCAAGUGGUAAAAAACACGCUACGAUAUUUGGAAAAUGGGACAAUAGUAUUUAUUACACAAUUGGAGAGGGAACAAGUAAAACAAAAGAUAUAAUGGGAGAUGAAAAUCUUUUGUGGAAAAGGACUAUGCCACCUGUCAAUCUUACUCGUUAUAAUUUAACUUCAUUCGCUAUCACAUUGAACGAGUUAACACCAGGACUCAAGGAGAAACUUCCACCAACGGAUUCAAGACUUAGACCAGAUCAAAGGCAUUUGGAGAAUGGCGAAUAUGACAUGGCAAAUUCUGAGAAAUUACGAUUGGAGACAAGGCAAAGAAUGUCGAGAAAAUUACAAGAAAACGGAUGGAAGCCUAGGUGGUUUGAAAAAGAUGGGGAAGAUGGGACCUACAAAUACGUAGGCGGCUAUUGGGAAAAAAGAGAAGAACAAUAUUGGGAAGAUUGCCCUAAUAUAUUUGGUGAAUUUACUCAAGACACAUUAGGAAGCGGGACCCACACGGCGUAGUGUUUGUAAUUUGUUGUUGUUAUAUAGUGAAAGCUGACUUGUUAGUGAAUUAAUUUAGAUGAUGAUGAUGAGUUUUACUACUACUAUUGUUGUAUUGUUUUGGAUGAUAGAAAUAAAUGAAAGAAAAAAAAAGAGAGUGAAAUAUGGUGAAAAGGAAUUGUUUAGGUGGUAGGUGUUAGAGAAGAAUGUAUUUUUAGGGAAAUAGUUUUAUCUUUUUUAUGAUUUAAGUUUUGUUGAUGCAAUGAUAUAUAAUAUCUUUGGUGAAAUAAUUGUAUCUAAAUGUUUUGUUUUAUUUUUAAUAUAUUUAUGGUGCUAAGUUGUUUGA